AUGCUUCUGUCCAUAAGAUUAAAGGUGCAGUCCGGAGAAAUGGGCACAACACAACAAAACGUGGAGGGUGUACGCGAAAUGAAUGACGAUUCAGGAGUUGCAACUCAAUCAGUUAGUGAAGAGGUCCAUCAAAAGAGAACGUUCGCUGGAGUGGUGAAAACUGCUAUGGCCGUACGAAACUGGGUGUUGUCCGUUCAACCGGAAGAAGGUGCGAAUGACGAUCGUAACUCUGAGCUGAAUGCAUCAAUUGUAUUCGAUCCACCGGCUGUCGCAGCACAAACGGCGGCCAGGCUAGAGAGCCGAAAUAGUCGGACGAGUUUGUUGCCAAAUCAACCGCCGGAUGGGUCGAAGCAACAGCCAGAACAACAACAGCAUCAACCACAACGUGAACGUUGCAGUUUCAGUAAACGCUUGAAAAAAUCCAUCAAGUUAGAUCAAUCGCUCUGUUCACUUUUCAGUAUCCUGUCUAUUACCAGUUGCAAGGCACCAAUUUUGCGUUCAGAGAACAGGAUAUUCUUCUGGUUGGAUGUACUAUGCUUAUUUCCACUGGAUUUUCUGCUCUUCAUACGCCGUGAUUUGUCACUGGUGCGUAGUAAUCGUCUUUUGAAAUCGUAUCGCUUGAAGCAAGUCAUUGAGCGAACUCAAAUGCGAACAAACUGGCCAAACGGUUUCAAAGUCUUCGUGCUGAUCACAACUUGCGUCGUAAUGUUUCACUGGAACGCAUGUGCGUACUAUCUGAUUAGUGUUAUGGCCGGAACUGACGAUGAAGAUACAUCAGUGUGGCAGUUUACUUAUACAAAAAUUGCAAACUUAGUCCUGCCAACGUGUGAAAUUCUACUCUCUGAGGAUGCGGAUGAGGAUUGUUGGUUCAAUGAAACUGGUAAAGAUGUCGAUAAUCGAAUGGAUUAUGUCACUGAAAUGAUGGAUUAUUGGCAUGACAAAAUCACGGUAAUACCCUUUUCGAAUUUCACAAAGGAAUACGCGUUGAGCAUGUAUUGGUCAUCGUUAACACUCACCACAUGUGGACAACAACCGUAUCCACUGCAAUCCAUCGAGAACGCUCUCGAGAUCGUCGACACUCUCAUUGGACUUCUCAUAUUUGCGGUCAUCAUUGGCUCAGUGGGCAACGUCGUGUCGACAAUGAACCGAGAUCAAUCAGAAUUUCAAGAUAUUCUGGACAGUAUUAAAUUUUACAUGAAUUACAGGUGA